UUGUGGUUUUUAUUCUGAAAUGUUAGUCCAACAUUUUUGGCAAUAUUAUUUUAAUAUUCUUGAUGCCGGAGAUUCUAGAACAGCCAACUAUUUGUUUGUUAGAGACCCUAAGUUCGUAAUGAUUUCUAUAGUUCUUUAUUUAACAAUGGUUUUUGCUGGACCCAAGUUUAUGAGAAAUAGAAAAGCUUUAAAUCUACGUAUGGUGCUAAUUAUCUAUAAUUUUCUUUCUGUUUUAUUUUCUAUCUGGAUGCUAUGGGAGUUUUUAGUCAGUAUCAUUUUGGAUAAAACUUUUAAUUUAUUGUGUCAACAUGUUGAGGAAAAUGACACCAGACUUUUGACCAUUCGUCUAAUAGAUGUUCAUUGGUGGUAUUUCUUUUCCAAGUUUUUAGAAUUUAUUGACACAUUUUUCUUUGUGGUCCGAAAGAAGAAUAACCAAAUAUCAUUUCUUCACACAUACCAUCAUGUGUCAAUGUUACUUCUUCAAUGGGGCUUGAUUAAGUUUGCUCCUGGAGGAGCUUCUACAAUUGGUCCUAUUUUUAACACUUUCAUACAUGCUGUUAUGUAUACCUACUACAUGUUGGCUGCUGUUGGUCCACACAUGCAAAAAUAUUUAUGGUGGAAAAAAUAUCUUACUAGAAUGCAAAUGGGGCAGUUUAUUCUUAUUUUUGCAUUUUGUGCUAACUCUAUAUACGCGUGCCAACACGGUACGCGUGUAAUAUUCUUUUGGAUUCAUUUGGUUUAUAUGGUAACACUGUUUAUGUUAUUCAGUAACUUCUACCAAACAUCAUAUAAUACAAAAAACAAACAGCAAUGUAAGGAAGACUAAUGGUAAUAUUGAAUGGUAACCAUGAUAAUCUCGUCACUUGCAAACGGAAAAAUGCUUUAUCUUCUCACUUGCAAAUGGAAAAAUGCUUUAUCUUGUCAUUUGCGAAUGGAUUGUGACAAUAUUAAAUCCAAAAUUAGCUCUAUCAACUAUUACUAGCUCUAUCAACUAUAGUUUGGAUUGUUAAAAGAAUUUUUUUUAUUAAAUAAAUUCUGUUCAACUAUAGUCGAA